AUGGUAACAGAACCAGCUGUUCCAUCUCUCUGGUUUAUGGAACCAUCGGAUGAUAACCAAACAACUGCUAGUAGAUUAGCAACAAUUGAUAAUCGUUCAUUACUUUUAUGUUAUCCACAUAGUUCAUUAUAUAAAGCUGAAGUAUUGAUUGAUGGACAUUUAAAAAAAAAUUGGAAUACAUGUUGGACAAAAGUUGUUGCUGUAAAUGAAAUCAUUAUUGGCUUACUUAUAUUUGUUAUUGGUAUACUUAUAGUUCUUUUUCAAUUAUCACUUUCAUCAACAGCUCAUGGUAUAUGGACAGGUGCUUUAGCAUUUAUUGCAGGACUAUUUGCUUUUUUUACAAUUAUCUAUCGUCGUCAUCGAUUCUUUCUUAUCGUUGCUAGUAUUCAUAUUAUAACUGGUUUAGCAUCAACAAUUUUAAUUUUUAUUUCCGUUUUUGCUAUUGCAUUACAAAUGAAUAAUAAGAAUUCAAAUUUUACAAUAAAUAUUAAUGAUCGUCAACUUAACUAUGGUUUACAUAUUACACUUAUUAUUUUAGGUAUUUAUGAAAAACUGUUAUGCUAUACAUUCUUAAUAAUGAUCAUUCAACACACGCACAAGACGGUCUAA